GUGAGGAUGGACAUUACUUGUAUGAUUACAUUUGCAAGAGUUGUUCUGAUAACUGCAUCUCGUGUGACAAUGAUCAAAACUGUAACAAUUGCAUUGAAAAGGACUAUGUAUUGGUUGACUCGCAGUGUGUGAAUUACAAAAAUGUCGAAUUUUGUCUGUCUGCGAAUAAUUCAAAGUGCACAGAAUGUGACGGAUUUCACAAACCAAGUGAUGCCGGUGAUUAUUGUGUGAAAAUGACAAAUUAUGGGUUGGUUGUUGGUGUUCCAUUAUCAGUCACUUUUGUGAUAAUAAUGUUUAUUGUUGCUUUAAUAAUUAUUGUGAUAUCAAUGAUACAGAAGAGAAAACAAAAGAAGAAAGAGCAGAACAUUUGCAACUUCAAAAUGAGUCGGUCAAACAUUGAGAUGGUCAAAUUGAGUGCAAAUUUGGUGACAAACAAGACAACACUGAAAUUUGAUUUGGAUGACAACGACCCACUGAAAGUUGACAUUGAAACAAGAGAUUUGAUAUGUAUUGGGAAUGUGUCUAAAAGUAAUUUGAAAGUUCAAUUUAGUGUGAUGGAAGGGUGUGAUUAUUAUGAGAUACGAAGUGUGCCACCACUUGUGACAUUGAAGCCUGGAUAUGCUUGUGAGUUUGAGAUAUUCAUCAAGCCGUUGUGCACUUGUGUCACCAAAGAACAUGUAGCGAUCACUUCAUUAAAUAUAGCAACUGGUGUCAUUGAAAAUGCAAAAAUUGAAAUGGAAAUUGAGACUGAACAAACAACAAAACUGAAUUAUAGAGAAAUUAUAGAAGACGAGAAGCUUGGAGAAGGCAGUUUUGGAAUCGUCUAUAAAGGGCAAUACAGAGGCGUCAGUGUUGCAAUCAAAAAGAUGAAACAACUUGAUAAUAACGAAAGUGGACUUGUAGAGUUUGAAAGGGAAGUUGCGAUGCUAGACAAGUUCCGUAGUGAUUAUAUCAUUCACUUCUAUGGUGCUGUAUUUAUACCAAGCAAGGUGUGUAUGGUUACCGAAUUUGCAGCAUUUAGGUCACUCCAAGACUUGAUCAAACACAAAAAGAGUGAUGAAGUUGAUAUGAAGUUGCGAACCAAAUUUUUAUUGGACGCUUCAAAAGGCAUUCAAUAUUUACACGAAAAUGGGAUUUUACACAGAGACAUCAAACCAGACAACUUCCUUGUGUUAUCACUUGACUUGAAUGAGAAGGUGAAUGCAAAAUUGACUGAUUUUGGAUCAUCAAGAAAUGUUAAUAUGCUGCAAACCAACAUGACAUUCACUAAAGGUGUUGGCACACCAACUUACAUGGCACCCGAGAUUUUAAAGCAAGAAAAAUACAAGAAGAGUGCAGACAUUUAUUCAUUUGCAAUCACUAUGUUCGAGACAAUUACUUGGAAGGAAGCGUUUCCAAAAAGUGAAUUCAAAUAUCCAUGGAAAAUUGCAGACUUUGUUAACAAUGGAAAUCGUUUACAAAAAGUUGAUUGUAUGACUGAUGACCAAUAUAAACUAAUAUCAAACUGUUGGGCCCACAACAAAGAAGAUAGAAUUACAAUUGAAGUUGCAAGAGAGCAACUUGAAAAAUUCUUGAAAUGA